AUGAAGGCACCGAACCGUGCAAUCAAAAGAGAGUACUAUCGCUUACCAUCAUUGGACGAAAUGAGAACCAAACUCCACGGGGCAAAGUACUUUACGAAGCUUGAUUUGUCCAAUGCGUUUUACCAUUUGGAGCUCCACGAACAAUCCAGGGACCUCACCACUUUCUUGACUGAAAAUGGCAUGUUUCGGUUCACGCGCCUGAUGUUCGGAGUGAACUGCGCCCCGGAAAUCUUCCAGCGGGAGAUGUCAAGACUACUCUUAGGAGAGCAAAACGUCAUAGUGUAUAUUGACGACAUCCUUAUGUUUGCUGAUAACUUGGAUCAACUUCGCGGAACUGUAGCUCGUGUGUUGAGGAUUCUUAGAGCAAAUCAUUUGACGUUGAACUCUGCUAAAUGUGAAUUCGAUAAAAAGCGUAUAAGAUGGCUUGGGCACGAACUCGAUGAAAAGGGGUUUAAUAUCGACGAGGAGAAGGUAAAGGAUAUACGUAGGUUUCGACAACCGAACACCGUAUCCGAGCUACGAAGCUUCCUGGGACUAGCUUCCUUUGUAAGCCCAUACAUCCGAGGCUUUGCCGACAUAGCAAACCCGCUGUGGGCACUCACGAACAGCUCGAACGGUUGGAAUUGGGGUCAGGAGCAUUCGAAAGCCUUUGAAAAGCUGAAGGACCAAAUUGUUCAUUGCACAACUUCUCUAGGAUAUUUUUCGGACCAGGAUAGAACCAUCGUUUAUACGGACGCAUCUCCGCAUGCUCUCGGCGCCGUUCUCGUCCAGGAAGACAACAGGAAUCCCCCACGUGUUAUAAGUUUCGCGUCAAAGGCCUUAACGACGACUGAAAAAAAAUAUCCGCAGAACCAGCGCGAAGCUCUUGCUGCUGUAUGGGCGGUAGAGCAUUUUGCCUACUAUCUAUUAGGACGCCCCUUUACGCUCCGUACCGAUGCACAAGGUUUUACAUUUAUACUGAACAGGUCAAGAGAGGAUUCUAAGCGAGCGUUGAACAGGGCAGAUGGAUGGGCGCUUAGACUCAGCCCUUAUAGUUUUGACGUACAGUAUGUAAGAGGACGUGAAAAUAUAGCUGAUCCUUCUUCGCGGCUGUAUGAAGGCGUGGAUGACCCGUUCGAAGACGGCGUUAGCCCUUGGGAGCUUGCUUCCCUGGAAGUGAACAGAAUCGAAUUUUUAACCGAGAAGGACAUUGCAGACGCCACUGUCAAAGAUAAACAGCUUACCGAGGUAAUAGAUGCCGUGGAAACGGGCGUUUGGCCGAAGCACUUGAAACAGUUUCAGGUGCAAGGGAAUUAUUUAACCACACGAGAAGGACUGUUGAUUAAAACGGGUUGCGCGGUCAUAGCUGAGAGUAUCCAACAGGAAACUUUGGCGGUAGCUCAUUCAGGCCAUCCAUCGACUGCAAAGUUUAAGAGUAUUCUCAGGGAACGUGUAUGGUGGCCGGGAAUGACGAAGGACGCUGAAGCUUGGGUAACAUCUUGUGGUGUUUGUGCAACUAACGGAAGGCCCGAACGGCCAACACCCAUGACUCGUGUGUUUGCCCCACAAACUGUAUGGAAGACCAUUGGCAUAGAUCUCAAUGGUCCCUAUAACAAAUUUGGCGGGGUUUCUAUUCUAGUUUUAGUGGACUAUCGUUCGCGAUACGUUAUCGCUAAGCCCGUGAGAUCGACAAGUUUCGCGCAUACCCGAAAAAUCUUGGACGAAAUUUUUGAAAAGGAAGGCUAUCCUCAGACUAUAAAAUCGGAUAAUGGGCCUCCAUUUAACGGAGAUGAAUAUAAGAUGUACUGCUCAGAGCGUGGCAUCAAUGCAACUUUCUCCACGCCGUUAUAUCCCCAACAGAACGGGUUGGCUGAGAGUUGCAUGAAGUUGGUGAAUAAAGCAAUGAGUGCCGCUUCUGCUAGUGGAACACCCUAUGAAAAUGAACUAAGUGCAGCCGUCCAAGCGUAUAACGCAGCUACUCACUCCGUUAUCGGAGUACCACCGGAAGAGGUGAUGACGGGUCGGAAAAUAAGGCGUAGACUACCGCUUCUAUGCCGUGGAAAGGCUAAUUUCGAUGAUAACCUGCUUAAUGCUAAAGAUCUGAAGUCGAAAACAGAGGCUAAGCAGCGAGAAGAUGCGAAACGAGGGGCUCGACAAUGUCGAAUCAGACCAGGGGACACCGUUGUUGUAGAACGUCAGCCUCGGAUGAAAGCGGAAUCACGGUUUGACCCUCGAAAGUACACAGUGACGAAAGAAGAAAAUGGAAUGCUUGUUUUGUGUGACGAAAGCGGUCAGAUCAUUAAAGGCACGUGUCACAGACCAAGCGAGUUUUUAAUUGGAGGAACGAAGACGGGAUAA